AUGUUCCUGGAGGACAAGCAAGCCAGCGAUGAUGAGGAUAAUGAAAUUGAAAUUGUUGAACCCAAGACCGAUCUUAUAACCUUGGAUUCCGAUGAUGAUGAGCCAACACCACCGGCAGCAACAUCAAAGACGCCGCCAGAACAACCACAACAGCCCCUUAUAAAAAUACAAAAAUCGAUUCCAGCCACACCACCCACUAACACAACCAUAGCUCAAAGUCGUGUGGUUAUCACACCACUGCUAUUGAAUCAACAAAAAACUCCAACCGCCGUAUCGUCCACCUCCUCCUCUGCCUCCAAUAAUGUUAUGACUGCAAGAGGUACCUAUGUUCCUCCAACUACGGCUGCCAAGAUUACACCUAUUAAAAUAGGCAAUUCUCCAGCACCGGUACCUCCCUUGGUUCCAGUUAAUAACACAACAUCUGGCGGCUCCUCCUUGGCUGCCGAUGAUGAUGACAAUAUGGAUCUAAUGAGUAUGGCACAAAGUUUUCUGGCCAGUAUGUUAGAAGUUGAUGCCAAUGAUGGUUCAUCGCGUAGUAGUUGUGAUACACCAACAACAACGCCACACACGAAAAAACAGCCACGCAAGAAAAUGACCAAUAAACCCAAUCCGACGCUGUUGAAACAGAAAGCCCUCAUGGAAUUGGAACGUCUGGAGGAAAUGAAACGAAAUGAUCAGAAAUUAAAAAUGAAAUGUAAGGUCGAGUUGAGUAGGGCUGAGGAUGAGUAUCCGUUUGUCAAGUCGCUGCUGGAGGCUAAAAAGAAAACUCAUGAAGAAGAAGAAACAGAGAAUGGGAAAGAGAAACGGAAUUCAUCAGAUGGCACAACCAUGAUGGUAAACACUGGCCAGGAGACUAUAGAAGUUCAUUUGGUCAUUGAAGAUGAUGCAUUGAACAGCUCCAAUGAAGAAAAAUCCAAUUCGAAAAAGGAGAAAGAGAAAUCACAAAAUGAAAUGCAAGAAAAACGAAAAGUCUCCACUGAAGGCAAAGAGUCCAAUGAAAUAAAUCAAGAUGGAAGUAAUAAGGAAAAUAAAAAGGAUACUUCAAUGGAUGUUUUUGAAAUAUCCGACGAUGUAAUGGAAGAGGUGAAAGACCAGAGUUUAGAAAUAAUAGAAACUGAUAAAAUCUCGGAAAAAGAAACAACAAAAGAGACAGAGAAGCAAGUUGUCGAUAAUGGCAUUUCAUUUACAGAUCCCAAGGAUAUGAAUGAUGAAAUUUCUGUAAGGGAAACAACAGAGAAAUUGGUAAAACCUAAAGAAUCUAAGGAGGCGGAGGACACAAGUGAGGAUGUAUCUAAAACGGAAGUAGAUACGAGCGAACAAUCCGCCAAAAGUACUACAGAAGAGACUACAACAAAGAAUGUAGCAGAUAUAGACGAUGUUGAGGUCUAUCAAGAAAUAGAAAAGGUUUUGCAAAGGAAAAGCAGUGGAGAAGAAUCACAAUCGACAACAGAAAAUAAAAUAGCAGAGGAGGCUAUGUAUGAUGACAUUAUCACCGAGGCAGAGAAACCUGAAAAUCAUAAUAAUUCACCUCCAGGAGAAAUAGAAAAAGACUCAAAUAACGAGACUCAAACCCUAGAUGAAGUUGAGGAAAAUCCACCCACUCCACUUGUAGAUGAAACCAUGGAAACUGAAACUGAUUCCAAUUUAGUAGAUAUUAAUAAAAAAUCAACAACUCUUGAAGCUGGAAUCUCGAGUGAUGAUUUAAUAACAAAAGAACAAAUCUCGGCAACAAUUUCUGCAGCAGAAGAAGAAGAACUGCCCAGCGUAACGACAAGAGAAGAAGAACAAAAAUUAACAACCGCUAAUGGUGAUGUUUAA